CCUUGUUUCCUUGUCUCUUCCUCUCUCCUUUUGCUUUACCGCUUUUUUUCUUCUGUCCAAUUAUGCGAUUCUUUGCAAGUGCCAUUCGCAUCUCACAGCCUGCAUUGUCCUCAGGGCUGGCGACAACGGCACGCGCGACAGUGACGCCCAUGGCCAUUAUCGGUACAUGGCGAACCAUUAGUACUUCAGCAGAUUCUGCCAGUGUCUCAAGAUCGCGACGUGCUCUGUUUUAUGUGCCGGGUAGCGAUGAGCGCAAGAUUCACAAGUCAAUUUCUGUGGGUGCUGACUGUGUCGUCUAUGAUUUGGAGGAUAGCGUAUCUUUAAAUAAAAAAGGCACAGCUCGACAUAUGGUGAUUGAUGCAUUGGAGGCAUCCGAGCACGGUAAAGCAGAGAAGGCUGUACGCAUCAAUGCUGUUGGAUCAGGCCUUGAGUUGGACGAUCUCAAUGUCAUUCUCCACUCCAAACGGCUCCAAGCUAUUGUGAUUCCCAAAGUCCAAAGUGCUAAGGAUAUCCAUUUUGUCAGCCAGAUGAUUGAUGCCGUAGCUGUUGAAUCCCAGCGUAAAAGGAUUCGACUGAUCGCUUCUGUCGAAAGUGCUUUGGGUAUCAUGAACAUCAAGGAAAUUGCUACAGCCGAUCCACGAUUGGAUGCUCUUAUUUUUGCUGCCGAAGAUUACUGCGCUGAUUUAGGGUUGAUUCGCACUGGCACGCGCAAGGAAAUGCUGUUUGCACGACAAAUGAUCGUCAAUGCAGCAGCUGCAUACGGAUUACAGUCGUUGGAUCUGGUAUGUGUAGAUUUCCAGAACCCAGCCGUAUUGCACGAUGAGUGCAAAGAAGGCCGAGAGUUUGGUUUCACUGGCAAGCAAGCAAUCCAUCCUGCUCAGAUCGAUGUUAUUCAAGAGAUGUUUUUGCCCGAUCCUUCAGAUUUGAAGCGUGCUAUCAAGAUCCUUCAAGGAUUUGAGCAUCAUGCUGAACGAGGCGUUGGUGCUUUUAACCUGGAUGGCAAAAUGAUUGAUAUGCCGGUUGUAAAGUGGGCACAGAAGGUUGUGAGUAAAGCCAAGGCCGGAGGUAUGGAAUUGCCUCACGUUGAUUUGCCUUCUAGCGGAGGCAGCAGCAGCGAAAGUGCAAGUGUUGGUGAAAAAGGAAACAGAGAAGCAACCGUAAAAAGCAAAAAGUAGAUCUUAUAUCAGGGAAAAAAUAAAUAAAACAGUAAGAUACUUGCUACGCUCUUUACUGUAUCUUUUAGCGCUC